CUUGAACAAUACCACGAGACAAUGGAGGAAAUAACACGGAGCGAAACAAAGGGAAAGGAGAAGCGAAAAUCCGUCCGUCGUGACCCAGAAAAAAGACGACAACAGAACAUCCGAGCGCAACGUAAAUACCGAGAGAAGCUCCGUCAGCGAUUAGAGACUCUCGAAACGCUUGCAGCAUCGCUGGCGCCGACGACGGGCACAAUUCAAUCUGAGUUGAUCCCAAGUUGUGAUGUUUCGGACAUAGCGACUUCUACUUCAUUAACGGUCACUCCCAAGGACACCCACUUCCAACAACAUAUUCCACAGUCGGACUAUAACACACCAGCGCUGAACAUCUGGGACCCUACAACACACCUGACACUCUCAGACAAUACCCUAUCGCCAGUAAACAUCUGUGAUUCUACGAUCUGGGAUUAUACAGCACAACGCUCACAUCUAGAUAUAUCCCCACUAGCUCUCUCGGGCUCCACCCAGCAAUUCUCAACAUCACAAACUGCCUUGUUGGCACCGAAUGUAUGGGUUCCUCCAAUACAUGUUGAUCCUUCCAUUCUUGUCCAUAACAAACAUAAAGACGGUCUUGAUCGAUGCUGGACAACCACCACCAUCGAGUGCAACUGCUCCAGCCCACAUUUCCAGGUACAAACAUACGGCCCCGGUCCAUACAGCUCUACCGAGGUUAGGAUACUCAGGAUUGGAGUGGUCUCGCCUUCACCAGAUCCAUAUGCCAACCAUCUUCGCCUGGACACGAUCUGUACCUUGGCUGCAAUAGAUACUCUCAGAAUGCAUGUGGGCAUUACAGAGGAGAUGAUGUGUGCCGAUGAAUCUCCCUCACCAUUCUAUCGGUCAAUCCGGACAUCAGCGGAUGACACGGUCAAGGAAAACAUGAUCUGCACAGUGCAGAGGAUAUUCAAGACACUCAAGCCGGACUUGAGGCCAAGCAGGGAACAAAUUACUGUCGAGCACCCUCCAUAUAUUGAUCUUCUACCGUUCCGGACGCUACGGAAGAAUCUCAUCCUUCGCCGGCAAGAGGUAGACGAGGAUGAAUUUCUCCGCGAUACCGUCUCUGGUUUAGUAUGUUGGGGAGGGGCAGGCAUUGGGAAGAAGGAUCGAGAUGUCGCUUCUGGAUAUGUCUCCACUGGUACUCCGUGGGACAACCGCAGUUGGGAGGCAAAAGUGUGGUUUUUGAAGAAGUACUGGUCUCUCCUAGGUGGUGAAGAGGGAGAACUUGUACAGCAAAGCGAGUGGUGGCGCAGCAUCAGAGACGAGGACCCAUUGGACAUAGAGGCGCUGGCGUGAAAUCACGAAACCCCCUUAUAUCUACCAAUCUAUUAUCUCUUCCACCUUGAGUAACUCCAGCAUCACCCUCAAAGUGAAAGUUUCCCCGCCAAACUUCGCCUCUAAUCUUCUGAUUUCCUUCUCCAACUCGCCGUGCAGUUCGCGCAAAACGCCGAGCGUGGUCUCCAAGCGUUCCCGUCUUCUUCAUGGUUGCCAGCCCUUAUCGCUUGGCGUCAUGGCCUAUCUUACCUUCCAUCCUUCUCUUCACGAGAAAUGCCCGUAACUACAACACCUCCCCCUGAGCUCGGGUUCUGACCAGUGUAUCAGCGUGAAAGAAUACUUUACUUCGUCGAGAUUCUCGGCGAAUCCCUUCAGCUGAAAAGUGAUUCUGAUAGUUGUCGCGACUCUGGAAGAAGCGCCCACUAAGGCAGCUGAUUAGAUUUGUAGCACAGUUGGAAACACUAUCGCCGACCGGACUCUCGGCCCUCAUCAUCCACAUCGACAUGCGAAUCAGACCGCCCGUCUUCAUAUCAACCAUUUCCAUCCACUCGGGAGCGGUUGGGCAAAGUAUGUUUAGAGGUCGUAGCUCU